GACGUCGGGUCCCGCCCGUCCGAGGAGUGGAGCGGUGGCGCCCUCCGUCCCCCUCCCAGGGGCGCUGGCGCGCAGGGUGGAGCGCCCUGCGGUCUGUGGGAGCGCCGCGCCCGCCUCAGUAGGCUGGAGUGCGCCGCGCAGCCCGCGAUGAGCGGCGCGGGGGACGAGGGACCGGAGGCCGGUGCCGGCCGGGCCGGGGGCCGCUCGGAGCCCGAGGCCCCGGGCAGCGCGCUGAGUGUGGACCUGCCCGCCCUGCUGGGGCAGCUGGCGCGCAGCUUCGCGCUGCUGCUGCCGGUGUACGCCCUCGGCUACCUGGGGCUGAGCUUCAGCUGGGUGCUGCUGGCGCUCGGGCUCCUCGCCUGGUGCCGCCGGAGCCGCGGCCUCAAGGCCAGCCGCCUGUGCCGCGCGCUGGCGCUGUUGGAGGACGAGGAGCGAGCCGUGCGCCUCGGAGUGCGUGCCUGCGACCUGCCCGCCUGGGUUCACUUUCCAGACACUGAAAGAGCAGAAUGGCUAAAUAAGACUGUCAAGCACAUGUGGCCCUUUAUUUGUCAGUUUAUAGAGAAGCUCUUUCGAGAAACUAUAGAGCCAGCUGUGCGGGGAGCAAAUGCCCACCUCAGCACCUUCAGCUUCACGAAGGUGGACGUGGGCCAGCAGCCCCUUAGAGUCAAUGGUGUUAAGGUUUAUACGGAAAAUGUAGACAAAAGACAAAUUAUUCUGGACCUUCAGGUUAGUUUUGUAGGAAAUUGUGAGAUUGAUUUGGAGAUCAAACGAUAUUUUUGUAGAGCUGGUGUGAAAAGUAUUCAGAUCCAUGGGACAAUGCGGGUGAUCCUGGAGCCCCUGAUUGGGGACAUGCCUUUAGUUGGAGCUCUGUCCCUGUUCUUCCUUAGGAAACCACUUUUAGAGAUUAACUGGACAGGACUGACUAAUCUCCUGGACAUCCCUGGACUGAAUGGUUUAUCUGAUACGAUCAUUCUGGAUAUAAUAUCGAACUAUCUGGUGCUUCCCAAUCGAAUCACUGUUCCUCUUGUCAGUGAAGUUCAAAUAGCUCAGUUGCGGUUUCCCAUACCAAAGGGUGUCCUAAGGAUUCAUUUUAUUGAAGCUCAAGACCUUCAGGGAAAAGACACCUACCUUAAAGGCCUCGUCAAGGGGAAAUCAGACCCCUACGGAGUUAUCCGAGUGGGCAACCAGAUCUUCCAGAGCAAGGUCAUCAAAGAGAACCUGAGUCCCAAGUGGAACGAGGUCUAUGAGGCUUUAGUCUAUGAACACCCUGGACAAGAGUUGGAGAUUGAACUCUUUGAUGAAGAUCCAGACAAGGAUGACUUCCUAGGAAGUCUUAUGAUUGAUCUUAUUGAAGUUGAGAAGGAACGCCUUUUAGAUGAAUGGUUCUCGCUGGAUGAAGUGGCCAAAGGAAAGCUGCGUUUGAGGCUGGAGUGGCUCACCCUGACGCCAGACGCGGCCAGUCUCGACCAGGUGCUGGCAGACAUCAGAGCUGACAAGGAUCAAGCCAAUGAUGGCCUUUCAUCUGCACUGCUGAUCUUGUAUUUGGAUUCUGCAAGGAAUCUUCCGAGUAACCCAUUAGACUUUAACCCGGGUGUCUUGAAGAAGUCUGCAGUGCAGAGAGCUUUAAAGUCAGGGAAGAAAAUAAACAGCAACCCAAAUCCUCUUGUCCAGAUGUCAGUCGGUCACAAGGCUCAAGAGAGUAAGAUUCGAUACAAAACUAGUGAGCCUGUGUGGGAGGAAAACUUCACUUUCUUCAUUCAUAACCCCAAGCGCCAGGACCUUGAAGUUGAGGUCAUAGAUGAGCAGCAUCAGUGUUCCCUGGGCGCCCUGAGGAUCCCACUCAGUCAGCUGCUUCUGAGUGACAACAUGACUAUCAACCAGCGGUUCCAGCUCAGCAACUCGGGUCCAAACAGCACCUUAAAAAUGAAGAUUGCCCUACGGGUCCUCCAUCUUGAAAAGCAAGAACGGCCUGCGGACCACCAGCAUUCAGCUCAAGUGAAACGGCCUUCUGUCUCCAAAGAGGGGAGGAGAGUCCCUGUCAAACCUCAGCCAUCUGCAUCGCCAGGCCCUGGGGGCAGCAGUACUGCCCCAUCAACACCAGUCAGGGGAGUCGAUGACAAGCCUGUCGUGGAGGAGAAGCCCCAGCCCCCUGAGGCCAGCCCUCUGGCGCAGCGUGACCUGGGCAGGAGCUCCUCCAGCCUCUUGGCCUCUCCGAGCCACAUCUCGGCCAAGGAACCCACCCCAAGCAUUGCCUCAGACAUAUCACUGCCCAUUGCCACCCAGGAGCUGAGGCAGCGGCUCCGUCAGCUUGAAAAUGGGACUACCCUGGGCCAGUCGCCUCUGGGGCAGAUCCAGCUGACGAUCCGGCACAGCUCCCAGAGGAACAAGCUCAUCGUGGUCGUGCACUCGUGCAGGAACCUCAUUGCCUUCUCGGAAGAUGGCUCUGAUCCAUACGUCCGCAUGUACUUACUACCAGACAAGAGGCGAUCAGGAAGAAGGAAAACACAUGUGUCAAAGAAGACCCUGAACCCCGUGUUUGAUCAGAGCUUCGAGUUCAGCGUGUCGCUGCCUGAGGUGCAAAGGAGAACCCUGGACGUGGCGGUGAAGAACAGUGGCGGCUUCUUGUCCAAAGACAAAGGGCUUCUUGGCAAAGUGCUGGUUGCUCUGGCAUCUGAAGAUCUCGCCAAGGGCUGGACCCAGUGGUAUGACCUCACAGAAGAUGGGACGAGGCCGCAGGUGAUAACGUAGCUACGCUGGACGUAGGCCAGUUUCUCAAAUGUGUUGUGGCACCUCGACAGGGAACACACCUUCUCGCAGAUGUACCAAUGCUAUUUUUAUAAUUUUAAGUAUUGAGUUAUACAUACUGUAAUAAUUUUAUAAAACUUGGCAUUGUAGGAAAAUUUGGCCAAUGUUGUUGUUAAACUUCCCUGUUUCCCCCAAUGCUUUGCCGGGCACUGCAGUGUGAAGCAGUGUAGUGAUGUGUUCCUGUGCUGUGUAGAACUGUCAGCUGCACAUGCUGGGAGCGGACACCUGUGCUUGCUUAUUCCUGCCCGGUCCUGCGGCCUGGAGGUGCGCUACACCAUGUAAAUAGACUCUUUUUUUUUAAUAUCUACAUGCUGGUUUGGAUAAAGAAGAAAAUGUAUCAAGAAAAUACAUAUUUUCUUCUAAGACAUUAAAUUCUUUGACAAAUAAUCAUUUUCAGCUUCUCAACAAAAAGUUCUCAUAGAUCUCUUGUGUGGUAUGGCUUUCUUAGGGGAAAAAUGAAAAGAUUAUUAAAUAUUAGGGUAUUUGUGUCUACUAUGAAUGAUAUAAAACAAAGUGUUCAGAUUAUUAACAUUAUUAUAAAUAGGAAGAUACAGUGGGAAGCCAGCGAAUGGCUUAUUUAAAAAGUUGUAUAACUAAGUAAUGUGACAAUACCAAAAGUAUUGCCAAGGAUCAUGAAUCACAGUGUACUCAAUCUGAAAUGUAUUACAUAAGAAAGAAAUGUCCUGUUUAUUUGUAAUUUUUAUAACAGAUUCAUGAAAUAGUACAGAGAUACACACAUGGCAAGUGUGGUACCUCACGUCUGUAAUCCCAGGAUAUGAGAGGCCAAGGCAGGAAGACCCAAGAGUUGAAGGCCAGCCUGGGCUACACAGCAAGACCCUCUCUUGGGAAAAAGAAAUACACACUUUGUACUUUGCCCAAAGCAUAGGAACGACUCUCCAAUAUUAGGGUGUAAGGUGUGGCGCACAUGGGC